AUGCGCGCUGAUCUAUGCGCUCACACUAUGGGAGAGUUGCUCCGGAAGCUAGAUGAGGAUGGCUUGGAUGUUCCUUCUCAGCCAAGCGGGUUGAACACCAACACGACUUUGAGGGAGGGUGCGACGGAAGGACAUGAGAAAGAAGAACAGCGUAUAGACCAGCUCGAGGCGGAGUUGUGCUCGUUAAAGCGUGAGGUGGGUGCGAUGAUAGCAAGAUUCGCCGCAAUUGGUAGUGUGCUUGGGAUGUCGAGGGAGCAGUUGAUCUCAGCAGGCGAAAACAUGCUGCAGCAAACUGGCGUCGCUGAGCAGGGAUCGAGGGGUACGGAUGGGCGCAAGCACGGACCGCACACUCCAAUGCGGCCAUCAGGCUACACGAAGCAGGUGAACGACAGCCCAGACGAGGAUAUGAUGGGCUCGAACACGAGAGUGUCGCUCGACAGCAAAUUCGCGACGGCUGUUGGUGCGUACCCCUGUUUCCCGGCACCUCUGCCAAUCCCCGGGACGGUUCCACACUGGCUGCUGUCACGGCAGCAGGCAGCUGCGGUUUCACUAGUCCAGCCAUCCUAUCCGGUGUACGGGAUGGCGCAGAGCGGUGCGGUCGCACACCCCGGCUUCGUAGCUGUACCUAAGCAGGAGACGUUGGCGGGAGGAGAGGAUUCGGAGGAAGAUGGAGAGGGCGAGAACGAGCCAGGAACAAAGCCGACCAAGUACACAGGGGUCUAUGUGGAGGCCGAUACAGGCAAGUAUGGGGUGAAGAUCGUCGCAAAGGACAAGGAGGGGAAGAAGAUAACGAAGAGAGUCGGCGCGUACACCAUGAUAGAGGAGGCAGCGUAUUGCUACGCGGCAGCUGCCCACGUGCUGAGGCCUGGUAAAGGCACCCGGAAUUCCGUGGCUUUAACACCGGCAGAUAAGGCAGCUUUGAAGGGGUGCACUCCCGAAAUCCUGAAAGUCAUGGUGGAUGCCCGCAUGUGGUGGCGCUGGAGGGUAUGGAGGGAGACUUACAAAGGUCUGACGCUGAAGGCAGCGCGAACAAAGAAGAAUGCAAUGCGUGCAAAGAGGGGGAGACCGCGCAAGGGGAGUGGUGAUCAGGGUGGGGGCACGGUAGGGGAGGGUGAAGGCGAGAAGGCUGGCAAUGCGGACAUUGUCAUCGCUGGCCACGAAACAGAAAACAGCAGAACGCGUAAGAUGGCCUGCGGUGCAGAGGCAAAGUCUAUAGAGGACAAGACAGAUGAAACUGUUUGUGUUGCCCGGCAUUUAACUGUCUCCACCGCCUACAUUCCCAUGUCCGCAAAUAAUACGGGGGGCGAGACAUCGGACGCUUCUCCCGGCAGGGUCGGCAAACAAGCGCUGGUGAGUCACUCGCCCGAUUCGCGUACCAAUAGCGACGGUGCUCCUCGUCAGGCGAACCGGAAUCGAGGCGAGGACGUAGAAGGGGGCAUACAUGCACACAUCGUGAGCAAUAUAAACGCUUCCGAAGAGGAGGAUGACGAGGAUGUGGGUGACGCGAUGCGCACGAUGUUCGAAAGCAACGCGAGAGUUUCCAACGAUGCUGUGGACACGCAUGGCGAGGAAGUGCACGUUUCCGCGGGAGUAUUCAGGAGCCUCCUUAAGUCGCAGGACGAGAGCGCGCAGAAGGUGGCCCGCUUGGAAAAUCUGCUGUUGAAGUCCGAUGGGGGGUCCCGUCGGCGCAAGGCGGAGCGGCAGAGGGAUCCCGGGCAGGGAUGCAUGAACCCAAAGCGCCAGCGUCGCGGCCCGGCAGUGGCAGACGUCGAGGAGGAUGACGACGAGGAGGAAGACGACGACUACAAAGACAUGGCACAGGUUCGGACAGCGCGUCGGAAGCACAUGCGCUCUGCGAAGUCGCCUGUUCUGCAGCGCGCACUUGAUCUGCUGCCGGCCGACAAGGCUUGGAAGCGCCUAUGUGAGCUGGUCCGAGUGCAGCUAUUCUUGCAGAAGCCUGCGGCAACCAUGACGUUCUAUCCAAGCUCAGACGACAAGACAUAUGGCGUUUGCGCAGUGAUUGACAGACUGCCUCAUAGCUUCGCGUGCCUUGCGCUUGCGGCGGACAAGUCCUGCCGUGCUGACCUUAACAAGACGCUGAGCGAGUGGAAGACAAGGGCAGCUGGACGGGUCCGGGACAUUGCGCUCCCUAAGCUUGGAUUCUUCCGUGAUGAGCGUGACGAGGCAAGCCCGUGGGCAAGGGACAACGCACGGACGCUGGAGCAGAUGUGA